GGGGAUGCGUUUUGAGGAAUACUCUCCGGCUCGCAGAUUCCGAAUGGAAGGGUACGAAAGACAGAAUAACUUCAACAGGCCGAAAGCUAGUCUAGUCAACAAUGGAAAUACAGCUGUAAAUAAGGUACUGUUGGAAAACAAUUUGAUUAGUAACAAGGAUUAUGAUUUAUUUCCUUCUCCUUUCACCAAAGAAAUGUUUUUAGAGUACUAUGCUCUGGGUAAACAAAAUCUAUCGACAAUAGAAUUUCCACCUUCCCUAGAGGGCACGACUUUCUUAAAAGCUCCAGAAUCAUAUUAUGAGAUACGUAGAUUGAACACAGUAGAAAAGUUUAUGAACCUUCCGCAUUGGGAACAUUCGAAUAGGUUCAAUGUGUUACUUAAGAAGAUGAUGUCAAUGUUUAAUUGUAAGGGUGCAGCAUUGAGCUUAAUCGAUUCUAGAAUGCAAAUUAUCAAAUUCCAGCAUGGAUUAGGUUUUGACCAAUGUUCAAGACAAGUUUCUCUUGACUCGCAUGCGAUUCUAUCACCUGGAUAUUUCCUACUCUUGGAUGCUUCUAAAGAUUGGAGAUUCAAAACUAAUCCAAUUGUAAAAAGCCUGCCAAAUAUUAAGUUUUAUCUUGGAGUGCCAUUGAUAGCAUCAAACAAACAGGUAAUCGGAGUAUUAUCAAUAUUUGAUUCUUUUGCUAGAUGCAAUAAUGAUGAAUCCACUGUAAAGAUCAUGAAGAAGAUGAGCAGUGAAAUAAUGGAGUAUUUGGAGACCCCUAUCAAAAAGAGAAAUCAUGAUCACAGAGAUGGCACCAGCAGGAUGUUGCAGUCUACAUGUUUACCAACCGGAAGUAAUUCUAGGAGUGGUGAUCAAAACAGCAAUAAUAGCAAAUUGUUGGAAAUAUAUGGAAGAGCAACUAGUAAUAAUAAAAGGAACGAGGAGAUUAUCUUUGAGAAAGAUGGUAGUGGAACUUCCUACAAAUACCAUUCGAGCCUUAAAUUUAGUAAGUACAGCUGUCCAUAUGAUGAUUUGAUUGAUUUGAAUGUUUGGAAAAAGCUCUCGAGAUGUGACAAUUUGAGAAAAGCAUCAAAUUUGUUGUGUGAACUUUUGAUGAACAAACUAAGCUUGGACUGUAUCUACAUUUGUAACGUGAAGGUGACAAAAAAUUGUUGGAUAAAUAAGCAGUUUUAUCCUCUGAAUGAGAGAGAAAUAGAAGUGGAAAACUAUAAAUUUGAGGAUAAGAUUGAAUGGGCUGAUGAAGAAAAUGAAUAUGAGAAUGAAGUCAUGAAUGAUUUUGGGAACAUGAAGAUGAAAGUCAUUGGUAUGGCGGCUAGAGAGACUAGAGUAGAAAACAUGCUUGAUAGCGACAAUGCAUAUGAAUUCCAUAGUAAAGUUAUCAGAUCUGUCAAUGGACUAAAUUAUCAAAGUGCAGAUAGUAGGGUAAUUUUCCACUCGGGGUACAGUUUGCCGUUUUAUAGACAUCCGAACAAGUUGGUUAGGAAGAGCAGAAUGAAAGCGCUUCAAUCGGACAGAAACGAGAUUGUUGAGCUAUUUUUCAAAAGUAAUGGUUAUUUGAUUACAUGCUUUGAUAGCAACGGGAGAGAUAUUAGUGAGUCUGAGAUCGGAUACGUGUAUGGAUGUGCAUCCAUCUUGCGUCGGAUCUUUUUCUACUAGACGUCCGGGUAUAAUUGGUCAUAUAAAGAAUAAAUAAAACAUCUACAAAUACACACAGAAAGUGGUAGGAGGGUAGAAGAAAAGAAAUACAGUAACAAAUACAUAUACAUAUACACAUACACUUAAUAUAUAUUACAAAUCCA